AUGCGGAGGAGAGACGGCAAGAUUGCUAAGCGGUGGACGCGUCGGUGUCGGGUGGUGAUGCCGGAGCGGACGCCGACGGGGCUCCCAGAUAGUGGAGUUGUUAACUCCAACGAUGAAGAACAUGGGAAUCGAGAAGAAAGUUUGCAACUUUGGAAGAUGUUGAGGGGAAAAGAGGAUUGA